AUGCAUCGCCAAAACCUCUUUUCGAUUUCAAUACUACUAGUAAUAUCAAUAACAAUUCUAUUUUAUUCAACAUUAACAAGUGCUGUUGAAGAACCUGAGUACGGUUACAAUGAAGAAAGUGCAGAUGGACCAAAACAUUGGGGUGAUCUAAAAAGAGAAUGGGCAGCAUGUAAAGGAGACAUGCAAUCUCCUAUUGAUUUGUCAAGUCAAAGAGUGACUCUCAUCCCAAAUUUGGGAAGGCUAACGAGUUACUAUAAGCCUCAAUAUGCCACCGUAUCGAACCGGGGUCACGAUGUUGCGAUCACUUGGAAAGGAGAUGCCGGCUCAAUAAACAUCAAUGGAAAUGAUUAUUUUCUUCAACAAAGCCAUUGGCACUGGCCAUCUGAACAUACCAUCAAUGGCAGGAGGUUUGACUUAGAGUUGCAUAUGGUUCAUGUUAGCCCUCAGCCUGAUGGAACAAACAAGACAGCUGUUGUUGGUAUUUUGUAUAAAUAUGGCACCCCAGAUCCAUUUCUUUCUGAGCUCGUAAAGUAUAUAGUCGAAGUUCCUGAUGAAGAUGAAGAAGCAAGCAUAGGUGUUAUUGAUCCAUCAAAAAUAUUCAAGGAUUCAAACGUGUAUUACAGAUAUAUGGGAUCACUAACUGCACCUCCUUGCACUGAAGGUAUCAUUUGGACCAUUAAGACCAAGAUAAGAACUGUUUCAAGAGGACAAGUGAAGUUACUGGAGAAUUCCGUACUUAAAUAUUAUGCAAAAAAGAAUGCAAGGCCAGUGCAGAAUCUGAAUCAGCGAGAGAUUGGAGUUUAUGAUUCAAUAAUGGCAGAGAAUAUACCUCACUAUUGA